AUGUCGGUGUGGUCUGUCUUCUUGUUCCUGAUCCAUGGCUUGCAUGGCCAUCAGUUGUGCCCUCGAAGGUGUGACUGCCCGCCAGGAAACGGUGUGGUGUGGUGCAGUUGGAGAAAUCUGAUGGUUAUCCCGUUCGACAUUCCUCAUGACACUCGGGUGUUGUACCUAGACUCUAACUGGAUUGUCCACAUAUCCAGCGGGGCCUUCCACGACCUGAAACUCCUCCAUGAACUUCACCUGGCAGACAAUCUCAUCGAGAGCAUUUCUCCAGCAGCCUUUCACGGCUUAGGGAAUGCACUGAGGCUCCUGGACCUUUCAGGGAAUAAGCUGCAAAACAUAGACCCUGCUCCUUUUGUCAUGCUGACCUGGGUGAAGCUAGAACUCUACAACAAUCCCUGGCAUUGUGACUGCUCCCUGCAGGAGCUGAUGAAGGCUCUUUCCUUAGGAGCCAGGACGGCAGAAGACAUUGUGUGCGCCACUGCAAAUUGGAAGGAGUAUGUUGGGAAGACUUUGUCCCAGCUGGUCAGCACUGGCGUCAACUUCUGUGUCACUCAGCAAAAGAAUACCGAUUUUGCAAUGCUGCUCACUAUGUUCAUCUGGUUUGGUGUCGUGAUCACUUACGUCAUCUAUUAUAUCCGGCGCAACCAAGCCGAAUCCCGGCGUCACUUGGAAUACCUCAAAUCCUUGCCGGUUCCCAGCAGCAGCUCAUUCCAACCCGAGGAGAAGGAGGUGGAUGAAGAUAAUACACUCAGCACAAUCCUCUGACGGACUAGACUCACACACGUGCUGGGGCUACACAACAGAACUGCUUUGGAAGCAGAUUUAAUCGGAUAAGAAUUUGUCCCUCUAAAGAAACCUAGCUUUAAAUCUAGGGAACAACAACAACAAAAUGCUGCUUAAGACAAAGAACCAAUGCUGCCGUCCAACUAUAAUGGUUAUACAGGGAAGACCUUGGGAGGCUGGGCCCAGAAAUGCUGCUAGGAACCAGUCAGUUAAGAGACAGCAUACUGCAGCUGGAUAGUGGGUGGUGCAAGAGGCUCUAAAAGAAUCACCCCUAAUUUCUCAGGAAGUAAAGGAGACAGUGGAGAAUUGUAUUUUCAGAUUCACAAGACUGAUGUCAGCCUUACCAGGGAGACCAGACAGGAAACACAAGUAGAUGAACUAAUUCUAUUUCCCCGAAAAUAAGUUUCCCAGUCUUAUAUUUUUUUGAACCCUGAAAUAAGCACUUGGCCUUAUUGCUAUGCGCUCAAAAGCCCGAUUGGGCUUAUUAUCAGGGGAUGUCUUAUUUUGGGGCAAACAGGGUACUUUAUUGCAAGUCUUUUUUUUCUUCUUCCUUCCGUUCAAUCCUGUCUGAUACUCAGAGGCUGCCUGGAUGAGUCCCAGAAGUUUUCCUGGCAAGAUUUUUUUUUCCAGAAGUGGCUUAUCAGUGCUCACUUUCUCGGGCUUAGAGAGAACGGCUGGCCCAAGAUCAUACAGUUGGCUUCGUAUCUCAGAUAGGACUAGAACUCAUGGUCUCCGGGUUUCUAACAUGAUGCCUUAACCACUACUACAGCAAGCUAGUUUCAUUGUAAGGCUACAUUAACAGAGUCUCUAACCAAUCCAUUUCUCUCACUUGACAAUUUUAGCUACAAGAAUUACUCCAGUAUGAUUUUACUUGAUUUAUGUCCUUCUCUCCGGAUAGGCUGGAAUAUUAUCUGGGUUAAACAAUGGGCUAAACUGGGUUUGGGCUAAGAUUGCAACCCAUCAGAUAUCUUGGGUGUUUAUUUGGUAGUUUGUCCAAGUGUGCUACUUGCUAUUUUUUCAGAAUAGAUCUUAAUCCACUAACUCCCACUCAAUUUGUACCAAACUCACCGACAACUCUUUUUCUCCCGGCUUCUCCCACAAAUAUCCGAUUGGUUAAAUUAGCAGCAGCCUGAAAUGUGAGAAUUCCCUUCCCCAACUGUGGAUGCCCUUAAGAUGGAUGGAUCAAAGACCGGCUUUAAAAUCAUCCUCUAAAAAAAUUACAUUUCCACCUUUCACCAACUAGAUGGGUGGUUCCUGGUCCUCUUAGAUCAGGGGGAACGUGUCUGUUUAAACUGCUGCGAGCCUCACCCUUCUCCACUUGGGCUGCUAAAAUCCACUUCCAGUAGACCCUUUGUACGGGUGGGUUCUUCGUUUCUGUCUUCCCUCCCACCUAUAAAGUUUGCAGAGUUUCCUUUCUCCCAGUGGCCACUUUUUGUAAACACUUUGAAGCAUGAGUAAUAUGCAUAAUGGUUGGCAUCUCCGUUUUUUUUCCUGGCAAGCAUCCCCUGUGCCUUUAACGGUAGAACAAAAGGCAAAAAAAAAAAAAUCACAGAUGUAAUUAUCCUUGUAAUCCUUGUUGGAAUUAUGCCCUUUAAAACUGCACUUGCAGCAUUAUUUCUGCCUUUUGUCUCCCCCACAGGCCACCAUGCUAUAUAAUCCAAAACAGUUGUUUAAAAGCUAGAUCCCUUUUCUAUUGUGUACACUGUUUCUUGUAAUCACACUUGAUAAAGCACCUGUCAGUCAGUUUGGAUCCCUCUUUCUAGAUAUAUCAUAGUUUAAUACUAGGGAGCAAAGCAUGAAAUCAGUAACAAAAUCCCAGUUUCUUAAUCCCUGGUGUUUUACAGAGAGGUUUCCAUCUAAUCUGCUCAGUUAUUGCCAUUCCCCACCUGCCCCAAAACUGAUUUGAUAUCCUCUUAAAGACUCUCAGCGUAUUACAGCAGAAGUAGUCAGCUGACAGCUUCAAUCUAAUUUCCAAAGAAGCAAAAUUCAAUUCAAGAAGACUAACAGCUCUUUCUCCUUUUCUUGGGAGCAUCUCCAUG